AUGUCUCGAUCACCAAACCGACCAUCAAGUCCCCUCGAACCAGCCGCUGAGAUUCUGGUCCCGGCAACUCCAGUGCGCCGAAGUUCUCUGUCACCGUCUCCACAUUUUAGCGCUGCUAUCGGCGAUCGAUCCUCGCAAUCCGAAAAGAAGUUCAUGUCUCCUCCUACUUUGUCGUCAUCCGAUAUGACUCCGCCACCUUCGACACAGAUCCCUGGAGCGCCGCGGCGCGGAUCAAACUCACGAUCUCUUAGUCCCGCGGCUGUCCCCUUUGCAAACUUGGACAAAUCACUAUGUGACGCCUAUGGCGCAUCAGAGAACCUCCCUGCCAUGGAAGAGAUUGAGACUGCCGAUGAAAGUCGCCUACGCCAGAUUGCCAAGGACCUUCUCGCUGUGGCGCAAGAGGCGCGCAUGUCUGCGCUACACUUCAAGCUCCAAAAUAGCCUUGUUUCGUUCGCAAGCAGCGAAGCAGUUAAGCGCGCUGAAGUAGAGCAACAGCUCGCCAAGCGAGAAGUUGAAAUUCUUCAGAGUGCAGAAUACCGAAGUCGCUCACGCCCCGCAGAGCCUUUGACUCCACGGCCUUCCAACCCAGUUUCUCACAAUGACUACUUGAACGUCCUCCACCGAUCGCAGGAAUUGGAAAAUGCCAAUCUUAUCCUCGAUCGUCGGCUUCGCCAUGCCAAGCGAGUCAUUGAGGAUGCUACUGCUCGGUCCGCCGAGCUGGUGGAGCAAAACGCGAUGCUCAAACGUCGCAUCCAAGAUAACCGGCAACACUUUUCGCAAAUAUAUAACUACGGGGCGAUGUCCCCCGGGAUGCAGAAUGAGCUGCACUCCAUCUGCCGCGGAGAGCACACCGAUGGUCUCGCAGCUCUCCUUUUCGCCGACAAAUUCACCAACCGCAUCCGGGAACCACAUGGCGCCUAUGUCGCACAUUCCUCUGUCCCCGCCACACCCCACCAACCACGCUCUUCCCGCCGUGAACACACUCACUCGAAUGUGAGAAGAGAUGGACAGGACCAGUACGAUAGCGACAGCACCGUUUCCUUGUCGGCCCCUGAAUCGGAGGCAGAAGCCAUGCAAUACAAGUACCCGCAGGAGCAGGAGCAGGAGCAUGCGCGGAUAACUGCUCCCAAAACCAGUUCACUCCUACAAACCAAGCUAUUUGGUCAGGUCAAGAAACCAGGUGUUGAGCGUGCCUUUGUAUCGAAGCGCAAACUCAAUCCUGACGAGAGUAGUCCAGCCAGCAAGAGAUCCAGGAACAAUGCCGGGGUGGGGCUGGGCAUCGAGACUUGA